AUGAAGAUGCCUGCUCUGCCCCUACCCUCUCCACCCCCCUUCUCAGCAGCUUCAGCCUCCGUUCUGUUGGCCUUGUCCCAGAGCCUCCAGUACACCCAGAUCCACACACAGCUGGGAGGAGAAACUGAUCCCAGCGUGAGAACUACACUGACCUCCCACAUAGUCCUUCACUGUGGUCUAUAGCACCACAAGCCAUACUUUGCCAAAUAACCUCAAUCCUACUGUUGCUCCAGUUGAAAAGUCCCCCAGUCCUGCAGUGGAUGCAAAAACCACCAAGACGCGUAAUCCAGUAACUUUUGCCAAGACCCCUAGUCCCGUUACUGUUGCCAAGACGCCUAGUCCUGUAACUGUUGCCAAGACGCCUAGUCCUGUAACUGUUGCCAAGACGCCUAGUCCUGUAACUGUUGCCAAGACGCCUAGUCCUGUAACUGUUGUCAAGACGCCUAGUCCUGUAACUGUUGCCAAGACGCCUAGUCCUGUAACUGUUGCCAAGACGCCUAGUCCUGUAACUGUUGUCAAGACGCCUAGUCCUGUAACUGUUGCCAAGACGCCUAGUCCUGUAACUGUUGCCAAGACGCCUAGUCCUGUAACUGUUGCCAAGACGCCUGGUCCUGUAACUGUUGGCAAGACGCCUGGUCCUGUAACUGUUGCCAAGAUGCCUGGUCCUGUAACUGUUGCCAAGACGCCUGGUCCUGUAACUGUUGCCAAGACGCCUGGUCCUGUAACUGUUGCCAAGACGCCUGGUCCUGUAACUGUUGCCAAGAUGCCUAGUCCUGUAACUGUUGCCAAGACGCCUAGUCCUGUUCCGGUUGCCAAGAGCCCCAGUCCUCUUCCGGUUGCCAAGAGUCCCACUCCUAAAAUGAACACCCUUCCUCCCUUAGCCCCCGUUGCUCCAUCUUCCCCACCGAAGGAGAACCAGUCAAACACACCUGCUGCUCAGCCCCCAGAGCACACUACUGCAUGUACUGAGUUGGGGAUAAUGUGUAAAUGUCGGGAGUCCUUGCUGGAGGACUCCCUCAACAGAUUGCUGUACUUCGAGUUGACUCAACCAGAGGGAGAAGUGGAGCAUGCCAAGGAGACCCAUCAGGACAAAGAGGAGCUUUAUGCCAUUGCAGGAGACGAGUAA